UAAGGUGGAAACGGUUUUACAGCCAUUUGCAAGCGGGGAAAGGGCAUUAAAAUUGCUCAAUCUGCCUUAAUUUGUGAACAUUUGAAGUCAUAACCAUGCUUUGGUGUUUUAAAAAUACCAUGUUUAAUACAAAUUAAACAAAUAAUCACUGAAUUAUCCAUUUGGAAAAAAUCUAAAAGUUGAAAGACAAAAGAUAAUUACACAGAACGGAAUAUAAAGAAUAAGAAAUAUUUAUGGAGGAAAACCAGCAGAAGUCAAUAGGUCAAAAGAAAGAAUUCCAUGAUGUCUAUAAGGAUUUUUUAGACGCUAAAAUUCAGGUUCGAAAAUUAACUUCAAAUGAAAUUAUAAAGCAUACCCAAGGGAAACACUAUACUGAUGGAGAAACUGUAGAUGGACACAAGAAUAAAAUUGAAAUGCAAAAUCAGACUGAAAAACUUGAUCUGUUACCCGACAGAAAAAAGUCGGAAUCUGAUGAAAACAUGCAAGAUAUUACACCAAAACACAAUACAGUGAGAACACAAGCAGAAUGCAAAAUUCCAUCAGAAUUGUGUCAAACAAGGAGAAGUGGAAGAAAAAUAGUUCCUUCUGCAAAAGUUUUAGAGGCAUACAGUCAGUCUGGAAAAAAGGCAAAAUUUCUAGAUAAGAAUGGAAGCAGUGAAAAAGAAUCAAGUAAGAUGGUUACACAGAAAGGACAGAAACAGAUCUGUACUGAUAAUUUGACACAUGAUCUUGUUCCUCAAGAAAAAAUAACUACAACAAAAAAAAUUAGUAAUAUGGAUAAAAAGCACUCAAGUCCUAUAAAUGAUGGCAAAGGAAAAGAAAAACAGAAAAAGGUAACAACACCAUCACAUACUGAUGAAAAAGAGACGAUGAUUUUGACCUGCAAAACUAAAAAUGUUGAAAAAGAGGAAAAUUCAGGGUCUCCUGCUAAAAGAAUUAAGCUACAAGUUAGUAAAACAGAGGUAACAAAAGAAUAUGAAACAACACCUAUACGUACAAGUGGCAGGAAGAAAGUUUGUUCAGCAAAAAUGAAAAUGGCAAUAAGCUCUGAAGGAACAGAUUUGCAAAUGAAACGUUUCCUUCAAAAACGUAAUACAGAGUCAGAAAGUUGUAAUUUAAUCAAGAAAACUUGUGAUAUGGAAGUGGUAGAAAAUUCUAAAAAGAAAGAACAUAAUAGACCAACUCGCCCUGCUAGACAAAAACAAGAGGAAAACAGAACUGAACCUACAAGCAAUGAAAAAUCAGAAAGUUCAACAAAUGACACUAUAAAACAGAAACAACAAGAAACUGCAACUGUGCACAUCAUGCCAAAAAAAAUAGAAAAUACAUCUGAAUAUGCUGUACAUAAAAGACGUCUUUCAACUAGGCAGAAAAAUCAAGAUACAUCCAAACACCAAGAAAUUAUCACUGACCACACUUCUCAAAAACCUGUGGAAAUAACAUCCAGUGAUAUAAGUCUAAAAAAUGAAGAAUGCAAAUCUGUUGAUUCUAAGCCAAAAGAACAAGACAGUCUAGCUGAAACUUUUAUACAAGACAAACUCAACAAUAAGAGUGCUAAUGAUGAAAUAAGCAAAGAAUGUACAGGGCAAAAUGAGAGUGAUGAUGAUAAAUUAAACAACGAAUAUACAGGGCAAAAUGAUGGGGAUGAUGAUGAAUUAACCACUGGAAGUGUUAGUAAAAAAUUAUCUUUUACCAUACUUGAAAAAGAUGUUGCUGAAAAUAAGAAAACAAUCCUCGAAAAGCUUAACAUGAUCAUGAAUGAAAAAAGAAACAAAUUCCAGGCUCUGCAGCGUAAAUUCAAAGUAGCUAGACAGACCGUCCUUAAAGCUAGCAUCAAAGGAAAAGGUGCUGAGGAAAUAAAAUGCUGUGUUUGUAAGAAAUCAUUUCAGAUUGGGAACUACAUGUGCGAACAUGGGCGAUCUUUUAUAUAUCCUCAUGCAUCUGUUUGUAAAGAAUGUGGAAGAAUUUUUCGAAAUUCUUCACUUCUGAAACGUCAUGUUCAGCGCAUUCACUAUGAAAAAUCAAUAAAAUGUAAAACUUGUGGCAUCAUGUUUGGAUUGGAGGGUGAUCUGAGAAGACAUAUGGAACGAGUUCAUAAAAUCAAAGUGUCUAAACAUCAAAAUAAUGAUGAACUUAAGAAAUCAUCUGAUCAUGACUACAUAAUAAUGGAGGAUGCUGAUAAAGAUUCACAAGAGAAGAAAUAUCUAGCAAUAGAUAAGUCAGUUUCAAACUCAUUUUUUAGCUUAAUCCCGGCAGACUAUGUUAUCAAAAAUGGAGACAAGUGUAUUUGUAAAAAAUGUGGUAUGGUUUUCUCAUCUGUUUUAAAUUUAAACUACCAUGCCUACAGGAAACAUAUAAAUGCGAAGAAUUUUUUUUGUAAACACUGUAACAAAGGAUUUACAUUAUUACGAGACUUAAAAAAUCACACUCAGAUUUGCCAUUCACAAAAUCCUCAAGAAUGCAGCAUUUGCUGCAAAAAAAUUAUAUCAAAACGUGGUUUAAGAAAUCACAUGGAAAAAUAUCAUAGGAAUGAUUCUAUUUUUGCAAUGCGAUACCAGUGCUAUUUAUGUGAAAAAAGAUUUGGAUAUACAAAGGAACUUCAGGAUCACAUUAAUGUGUGCCACACUGCAAAAAACGAUUGUUAUUUUUGUGGCGAAAAUUUGGCAACUUCACGGGGCUUGAGAAAACAUAUGGAAAGAAUGCAUGGAAUUGAAAAAAACAUGCGUGACGAUGAAUUCAUCUCAUUUGAAAUUAAGUGUCUGGAAGAAAAGAAGAAUUUCAAAGCUCAAGAAAUAAAGGCAGAAGAAGCUAUUUUUUUUAUUGAAGAGAACUUGAGAAAAUCUCCAAUAAAGAAGAGUUCGGGAACUUCCUUGGAAAACAUUCAUGAAAUGGAGAGUUGCCAAAUCGAUAAUGAAAUGGAAGUGAAACCAUCUAGUAUCCCAAAAAGUAGAAAAAGACAUCAAAAACAAAGUGCUAAUGAAACUGAAAUGAAGCCAUUUAGUAGCCAAAUUGGAAAAAGUCAAAGAGUACAAAGCAGUAAUGGGUGGGCAGGAACUUCAGAUAAAUUGUAUAUAUGUGAACAUUGUGGUGCCACAAAAUGCACAGCACAACAGUUAGCGAAACAUGUCAAUGUUGCACAUCAGGCUUCAGCUUUAAACUGCAACUUCUGUGGUAUUCUCUUCUAUUCAAGACAGAAAGCCAUUUUACAUAGGAGGCAGUUCCACCCAACCAUGGGAAGGAACUCAUUUUGUUUCACAGAGGUAACUAAACCUAGCAUGACAAGUUCUAAUGCCAAUAAUGACGAAGAGAUAAAUGAAAAGCAGGAUAAAUGUAAAUCAUUGGAAGCAUUGGGAGUUGAUGUUAGAGAAUUUACUCCUCCAAAAGUUGUUGCAGUGGCAGUUCGUUCACCUGAAGAACUGAAAAAUCAGAAUACCAAUUUUAAAAUUAAUAAUUUUGGAGAUAAUAAAUUUGAUAAAUAUUUGGAGUGUGACAAGCAAGAAGACACAGUACUUAUAGCAAGGAGAUAUCUUUCUCCAGUGAAAAAAGUUGUACCUAAAGAACCAUCAGAUGAGAAGGAGAUUAAUCCCAGCCGUUCUAAACUAUUUUCUUUAUUAAGUAAAGGAAAAUUACCGCAAAAUACCGACGAAGAAAUUAAAAAAGAAAAUGCAUUACUUCACAAGGAAGCUCUUAUAAAGGAGAAUGAAGAAAAAGGAAAAAAGGAAUUAUUGCAUAGUGCAGGGGUUACUGAACAAGAUGCUUUGUUGCUCCAUCAUUUUGGAAGUGUAAAUAGAAAUUUUGAAACAGAUUCAGACCAGAGCCCUUUGAAAGAGUCAGAAGUGUCAUCAGAAAGUUUAAAGGAGGUUCAUUUACCUGGGGAGGACCUUUUAUAUCAGGUAGAAGAGUUGGCAGAAGAAGACUCCAAACUAAUUGACACUAUCAAUACCUCUUUAAUAGCAAAAGAAGUGGUUAUUAAUGUUGACAGUACUACCAAUGCAAAAGUAAUGAAAAUGACAAAAGAAGAUAUUCUUCAAAGGUUUGAUGAAAGUAAUAUUAGGAAAAUGACGGGACAAGUGAAUCCUGCAAAAGGUGUGAUGAUUAUGAAUAAACAUGUAGUUAUUCAGACUGAUAAAAAAUGUACAUUGUCCGUUAAAACAGAUGACCAAGGUAAUAAAUCAAUAGUAACUGGAGCCUCAGAACCUAAAAAUGCUUCACAAAAUGAAGUUGAGAUGGCAUUUAAACAAUUAACUUCCUUUAAAGAAGGAGACUCAUUAAAUGACAAUGAAAAUGAUGAUCAAGAUAAGGAUGAGAAGAAAUUAGUAAAAGUACAUCAGAUUAUUAAUGUUCCGAAAAAACUUGUUCCACCUUAUCAAGCAAAAAUAAAUUUACCCAAACCUGAUGAGGAAGUACACAAUACUGUUGUCUACCUACCAAAAAAUAUCAAAUCAGUGGAUAUGACCGUUGCUAACAUGGAUAAUGAUGAUGAAGAUGUAUAUAUUUUGUUUGUUAUGUAAUAUUUUCUUUUACAUUUGUAUUUUUAUGCCCCACCUACAAUAGUAGAGGGGCAUUAUGUUUUCUGGUCUGCAGGUCCAUUCGUCCGUCUGUCCUUCUGUUCGUUCGUUCGUCUGUUCCGCUUCAGGUAAAAGUUUUUGGUCAAGGUAGUUUUUGAUGUAGUUGAAGUCCAAUCAAACUGAAACUUAGUAUACAUGUUCCCCAUGAUAUGAUCUUUCUAAUUUUAAUGCCAAAUUAGAGUUCUGACCCCAAUUUCAAGAUCCACUGAACAUAGAAAAUGAUAGUGCGAGUGAGGCAUCCAUAUACUGGGGACACAUUCUUGUUAUGUAUAUGUUGUAUUUUCUUAUACAUUUGAAUAUUUAUGUCUCAGUCAUAUAAAAGUUUUACAUGUUUAAAGAAAUUUGUCUGAAUAAGGAUUUACUUUGAACCAAAUGUAUGUAUGCCAAUUUCUAUACAAUCUCUGCUUAAACUCCGCCACAUUAUUUAUGUAUGUGCCUGUCCCAAGUCAGGAGCCUGUAAAUUCAGUGGUUGUCGUUUGUUUAUAAGUUACAUAUUUGGUUUUUGUUCAUUUUUUUACAUAAAUAAGGCUGUUAUUUUUCUCGUUUGAAUUGUUUUAAAUUGUCUUAUCUGGGCCUUUUAUAGCUGACUAUGCGGUAUGGGCUUUGCUCAUUGUGGAAGGCCAUACAGUGACCUAUAGUUGUUAAUUUUAAUGUCUGUGUCAUUUUGGUCUUUUGUGGAUAGUUGUCUCAUUGGCAUUCAUACCACAUCUUCUUUUUUAUUUUAAAGCUCAUUUUAUAUGAGAAUUAAUUUAACAGAAUUAAUUAAUCAUUUGCUUUAGAAUAAGACUAACUAGACUAAUAAUGUUUUAAAUAUUUGAAUUAUUUGCCUAUCAGUUCUAGUUUUUAUAGUCAUAAAUACAAUUUUCUCCAUUUGAAAGCUAAAACUUGUGACAGUCUAAUUAUGUAACUAGCAAGUACAAUGUAUUUCAAUUCAUUCAAUAAAGAUUUUCAUUAAGCCAACAGAUAUAAAGGUAAAAAUAGUUAGCCAUGUUGUAAUAUAGUCAGGUAUAACAGACUAACAGUUGUUUUCUGAAACUCAUGACACAUUUUAGAGGCAGAGUUAAACCCUUUAGCAUGUUAAGCUAUUUAGAUUUAUGUAGUAAUAACAUUUUUUUGUAAUUAUUUUAGCCUACAUAGCCAUGAUUUUAUAUUAUGUUGAAUGAACUAUAGUUUAUAUGUGCUUUAACUGCUUAUAUAUAACACAUUAAAAAAAAAGUUUAAUUUUAUUGACAUCAUGUCUGUUAUGUUCAAAUAAUACCUAUUUACAACCUUCCAGGAUGCAUUUUUUAUACAGACUCUCUACAGAUACUUAAAACUUAUAUGAAAUGUAUUUCUUUGUUUAGUUUUUGAGCUGAAAGAUUGAAUUCAAAUUACAAAAAAAAGAAACAGGAACAAUGUAUUAAGUGAGAUUAUUCAUACUUUAAAAAUGAAAUUAGAAUUUGACAAAUUUACUUCAAUGUUACAAGUAAAUAUUAAGACAAUAUAUCAUCUUGACUUUAUAAAAAUGACUUUAUUACCCCAAACUGUCCUACUACCUAGAUAGUUAUGUUAUCAAAUAUUAGUAUUAUAUUACUAA